AUGGGUGGGGGAAUCAGGUCUAGCUUACAACAGAAAGCUUAUAGCUUUUCAAAUGGCUCAACAAACAACAGAUUAGGAAGGAUGCCCAAUAAUUCACCUAUGAUGAAUGCUUCAGGAACCUCAGAAAGCUAUGUGACACCUUCUCAUUAUGGGAACAUGAAUGUCCAUCAACAACAGAUGUCACAGGGUGAUGGUUAUGGGAGUAGCACCACUGAUGCUUCUCGAACCGGAAACUUUUAUGUUCCCACAACCUCAAAUACAUCAAUGAUGAAUAAUCAAAGUUGCUCUCAAAGUUCCUGCAUCAGAAAGAACAACACAUGGAUGACCCUUGCAGCUCGUUCCUCUAUCCUGGAAAUAGGAAGCAAUCCGGUGUACUCAAUUGAACGCUUUCGCGAAGAGAAUGAUGCGGUUAUUUUAGCAGUGGGGGCAACAAAGCCACGAGACCUGCCUGUUCCUGGACGUGAGCUCUCAGGUGUGCAUUUUGAAAUGGAAUUUCUACAUGAAAAAUACUAA